GAUUGGAGAGUUCAAAAGAGAUUUUUUUUUUUUGGUAAAAAUUGAUUUGCUAAAAUUCCCCAAAAGCAUUUUUUUAGAAUAAAAAGAAAGGUGAAAUGGGGAAUGUUUGUCAUGCAAUAACCCCGCCGCCGGUUGCCGCGCUGCCGAUAGCAAGAAGUCACUACUGCAGACUUAACGCCGCCUUUCCAAAACGCCAAGUCGCAAAUAUCCACAAAAUGGAAAAUGCGCCAAAUUUCAAGCUGAUUCUAGGUUCAUCUUCCAUAGCUCGUCGAACUAUUUUAACCGACAUGGGUUAUGAAUUCACAACCAUGAGUGCAGAUAUAGAUGAGAAGGGAAUCCGGAAAGGGAAGCCGGAGGAUUUAGUCAUGGCUCUUGCUGAGGCAAAGGCAGAUGCCAUUAUAUCGAAACUUCAAAUGGGUGAAAGUCUAGAGAGUGAUGCCACCCCCACACUUCUACUUUCGGCAGAUACAGUGGUGGUCUAUGAAGGUAUAGUGAGAGAGAAACCAUCCAACAAAGAAGAAGCAAGACAGUUUAUGAAAGAUUACUCAAAUGGGCAUGCAUCAACAGUGAGUUCUGUUCUUGUUUCAAACUUGAAAACUGGAGUUAGAAGAGGAGAUUGGGACAGGGUAGAGAUAUAUUUUCACACAAUACCAGAAGAAAACAUUGAUAAGCUGAUUGAUGAAGGAAGAGUGCUUUAUGUAGCUGGUGGCCUCAUAAUCGAGGAUCCCUUGGUAUUACCUUGUAUAAAAGAAAUGGUUGGAACAACUGAUAGUGUCAUGGGACUACCAAAAGCUCUCACAGAGAAACUGAUUAAAGAGGUUCUAGCUUGAAGUUCUUCACCACCCCAUCAAUAUCUUGAUGACUUGAUCAGACAUGAAUUUUUUUUCGAUUUUUUAAUUACGCUACGUACUUUAACGGGCAUGUUUAUUACUCCUUAAUUAAUACUCCAUGCAUCCCUAAAUUAAAUUCAUGAUUUUUUUAAAACAAAAUUGGAAAGUAAAAGUGUAUGGUUGGAAUUUGUUAAGAAGAAGGGAGAAAGUUCUUAAGAGUCGCAUAUUCCAUUAUGGUUUGUUUGGGAACCUGAAUUUCAUUUGAAAUUCUGUAUUUGGACCAAAUAGUGUGUAAUAAAUUUUUACACUGUAU